GCUGUGCGCAGGCUUUCUCUCUAGUUGCGGUGAGCAGGGGCUACUCUUCGUUGCAGUGAACAGGUGUCUCAUUGCAGUGGCUUCUCUGGUUGCGGAGCACAGGCUCUAGGCGCGCGGGCUUCAGUAGUUGUGGCAUGUGGACCCUAGAGCUGUGGCGCACAGGCUUAGUUGCUCUGCGGCAUGUGGGAUCUUCCCCGACCAGGGCUCAAACCCGUGUUCCCUGCAUUGGCAGGCGGAUUCUUAACCACUGCGCCACCAAGGAAGCCCCUGUCUUCCUCUUUCUGCUUCAGUUUCCCUCUGCCUCUUGCUUCAGCCCUCGGGCUGGAGUCAGCUUUGCAAGUUGUCCAAACUUUUUCUCACUUCCAAAAUCUGCUGGCCAUAGCCCCAGCCCCCGCCCCAGGCCACCACAAGCUCAGCAGUCUCUGCAGAGAACAAACCCUUUCUAUAUGCCAAGGUGCAGAUAGGUGACACCUCCAGCCUCUCCAUCUGGCCUCAGGUAAGAUAAGGGUGGGGAUCAGCACUAUAAACAGGCCCCCAUCGUCCCUGGCCCAGGCCCCAGCUCACUCAGGCCACGUCAGCCCAGGAUCAGCAUGGCUGUCCGCCUGUGGGUGGUCACCCUGGCCUUGGCUGCCCUCUUCCUUGUGGACAGGGAAGUGCCACUGUCGGCUGCAAAGUUCAUUUUCUAAAGAAUGCCCGUCUGUGAGCACAUGGCAGAAUCUCCAGUCUGCCCCUAGAUAUAUGACCCGGUCUGUGGCACUGACGGGGUCACGUAUGACAGUGAAUGCAAGCUCUGCUUGGCUCGCAUGUAAGUCCACCCCCACCACCUUC